CUGUAUCAAAUAUAAAUAAAUCUAUUGGGUAUUAAAAGUGAUAAAUAUACACCAAUAACAUAAAAUUGUAAACUUCGUCUAAUACAGUAAUACAACAUUCUAAGAGAGUUUAUAGAGAUACAAGUUUUUUUUUUGUAAUAUUAAUUUAUUUAUGUGUUGGUAUGGGGGCUAAGCAAUCUUUUCCUAGAGUACAAAUACCUUCGGGUAGAACAUUUGUUGUUACAGGAGCAAAUAGAGGUAUUGGAUAUGAAGUCGCAAAAUGGAUAGCAAUGAUGGGCGGGACUGUCAUAAUGGCAUGUAGAUCUGAGGAUGAUACAAUGAAGGCAAUGCGCCAAAUGGACAAAGAAUAUAAAGAGGAGAAAGAGAAAGGAACUCCUGGACUAGUAGAUGUUGCAGAACUAUCACUGGUCUUCAUGAAACUAGAUAUGUCUUCUUUCCAAUCCACUAAGGAGUUUGUUCAAGCAUAUAAAGAAUCUGGUAGACCACUCCACGUGUUAAUUUGUAAUGCUGGAAUAAGUAAAGCUAAACCAGAACAGACAAAUGACGGGUACGAGUAUAUGUUGCAGGUGAAUUAUCUCAGCCAUUUUCUUAUGAUAAGUCAGCUGUUACCUAUGAUGAAAGGGAAUGAGAGUGAAAGCAGAAUAAUUCUUGUAUCAAGUGAUGCUCACAAAUUAUGUGGAUAUAGUCUAGAAGGUAUUAACUACAAGGGAGAUCCUUCACAGUUUGGGUUUUUGGAUUAUUAUGGUAGAUCAAAGCUGUACCAGAUCAUGCAAAUGCAUUGUCUUCAUCGGCGGUUACGGAACUCAAAUAUAUCUGUUACCAGUGCGCAUCCUGGAACUGUAGAAACAAACAUAGGAGCUGAAUUUAAAGACAUGGCGGCCUACCAGAUUUUCCUCAAAUUGAACCGUCUUGUGGGUUUAAUGCGGACUCCACUACACGGUGCCACAACUAUAAUUAACAGUGCAGUUAACCCUGAGUUGAAAUCAAUGAGUGGUGUGUAUUUUAAGGACUGUCAACCGGCAUCAACUACCUCAGUGUCAAGGGAUGAGAUAAAGCAAGAGGAAUUGUGGAAUAAAACUCUUGAAUUUUUGAAAGAACAUUUAACGGAAGAAGAAAUAUAUUGUUUAGAGGGAGCGGAUCCAUAAUUGGGAAAAAUGUUACCUAUAUCAUUUCAAUUAAAGACUACUCACCUGAUGUGAUAUUUUCAACAUGAAAUUUAUUGUAAUAUAACUAGUUGAAGAACUUCACGUGAAAUGGAUAAAUACACAUAUCAUGUGCUUAGAGCGAAGCAGUUGUGUCUUCUUAAUUUUCAAAUAAAAAUGUUUUUAUACUAAACCUGCAAUUUAUGUUUUAAAUGUGUGCUGUAUAACAUACAGGAAUUAUGCGUCAUUCGAGCUUGUGUUUUAAGACAAGGGAUAUAGAUUUAAACAGGGUCUUUCAAAUUUCUAUUUAAAAGACCCUGAUUAAAACAAUUAAUUAAUGUACUCACAAAUGUGGCCUAGUCACAAUUUAUCAAUAUGUAUUAGGUAUAUUACUUUAUGAUAUUAUCUAACGUUAGUUUUUUUCUUUCAGUUAAAUUGUGCAUUUAAAAUUCCCGUUUGAGAGGAGAUAAUGUUGUAAUAAAGUUCA